CCACCGUUUUCAUCAUUAGCCUUCAGCCCAUUAGUUCCUAACGAAGAAAAAGAGACAUGGCGGGUUAUGCCUGUACUUCUUUUGCUAACUUCCUUCUCAUUCUUCUAGCCGCUAGUUUCCACAUAAAUUCCAUGUCAGCUGGUAGAGUUCUCAGUACCCCCAAAACUUACGCAGAAUUUAUAAGAACAUCUUGCAGUACAACUACUUAUCCAAAACUUUGCUAUAGUUCCCUCUCGGUCCAAGCAAGCAAAAUCCAAAACAGCCCUAGGCUCCUAGCCAAUGCAGCCCUUAACGUGACAUUAGCAUCAGCUAGAUCAACUUCCACUAUGAUGCAAAAACUCUCUCAAAGCCAUGGCAUGAAGCCUAGGGAAGUAUCAGCCAUGCAAGACUGCGUGGAGGAGUUGAGCGACACGGUAGAUGAGCUUAGACAAUCCAUUGGCGAAAUGGGUGAGGCUAAAGGGUCCAAUACUAAGCUUAUGAUUGGCGACAUCCAAACAUGGGUUAGUGCUGCCUUGACCGACGAGAGUACCUGCAGUGAUGGGUUCGAUGGGAAUACCAUGAAUGGCAAUGUGAAGAGUGCAGUUAGGAAACAGAUUCUGAAAAUCGCACACUUGACUAGUAAUGCCUUGGCCUUGAUCAACAAUUAUGCCUCUCUUCACGGUUGAUUAGAUGAUCUGGGAUGAGGUUAUCUCUACAAUUAAUUACUCUAGUUAGAGUGAUGGGGCUUCAAUAAAUUGUCUGUAACAUAUAUUUAGUGUGAUGCUUGUGUGUCAAUACGGAUGGCAACGUGCCUCCAUAAGGAUGUUAAGGUAGAAUGUAUGUAAAUAUAAUUUUAUCAUAUUAGUGAAAAAGGUCUGUGUAAGUGGAUACUAGAUCUUGUGAUUUAUAUGAAAACUGGCUAUUGUUCAA